AUUGCAGUAUUGCGGGAACAAUUGCUCAACACGGUUGCUUAAAAUAAUUCAGAAACACACCUAUAAUUUCUUCUAACUUUUCCUGAAUUUAGAGACAAAAAAUGUUAAACAUUGAAAUAUGUCAGUUUCAGUUGAGAUGGAAGUGAGAGAAAUAUAAUUCGGAAAUAAUUUUUAAGAGAUGAAUCGAGCAACGUUUAUUGCCUUUUUGACGUUGUUUGUCGUCAUUACGCUUCAGACGACAGACUUCCAAGAGAACCUCAUCAAUGGGUACCGCGCGCUGAUCUCAGACAUCCAGGUCCGGACCACCAAGUCCAGGGAGGACAUGGACACCCUCAUCUCACAGAUCAAACUGCUGAUGAAGAAUGAGGCUGAUAAGGCUAUCAACUACAUGACCGUGUAUCUUGAACAGAUCUCGCUUUACUUUCAGGUGAUAAUCCACGACCGCAAGCCUCGCAACGGCACGUACUGCCGAGAGAGCAUCGUGAAGAUGCUCGGGGAGAGCCUUCAGCUGGCUGACGAGAACGUGACCCUGUGCCUGGCUCUGGGCUACCAGCGGGUCCAGCGACUGCCAGAGAAGCUGCAGGUCCACUUCGAGACGCUGGAGAACCUGAAGAAGUACUCGGCGUCGAAGCUGUUCGAGUGCCAGAAGCAGCAGCAGGUGGGGGGCAACUGCUCCCAUGAGAGCCAGGACCUGGAGCGCACUGUCUUCCUAUACGAGACAUCACCAUUCCCCGUAGUAAUGUCAGAGAUCUCCAUCCACGGCUUCAAGGAGGUGUCUGACCUCAGCGUGUGUCUCAAGGACAUCAUCUCUCGCAUGAUGACCCACUCGGUCAAGGUCAUCGGGGACUUCAACAGGUGCAUUCAUAACAUAGAGAUGCCCAAGCUGAAGUAUUUGUUGAAGUUUAUGAAGAAAUACGCUUAGUGCUGUAGGAGUGGGUAGCUUGAAUAGGUAGGUAUAGUUGGAAAAAUAGCGC